AUGGAAAAAAAAAGAAAAAAGGGAAAAGGAAGAGGAGAUCAAAGAGAAAGAAAAUUAGAGGAUAUAGGAAAAGUAAAGGAGAGAAGAAAGAUAGGAGAGAAUAAGAAGGGGAGGAGGAGAGAUAGGAAAAAAAAGGGAAGAAGAAAGGAGGGGGAAAAAGAAGGAGCAAGGAAAAGAAAGAAAGGAAUGGGAAAUGAGGAAGAGGAGGUAGAAAGAGAAGAAGGGGGAAGUGGAGGUGAGGAGAAAAAGAGAAAAAAGGAGGCAGGAAAAAGGAAGGGGAAAGAAGAAGAGAGAAGGAAAGGAAAAGAAGAGGGAAGAAAGGGAAGUAAGGAAGGAGGAGAGAGGGGACAAAGGGGUAGAGGAAGAGAGAGAAAGGAGGAAAGUAGAAAAGGGAAGUGGAGAGAAGAAAAAGGGGGAGAGAGGAGAAAGGGAGGAAGGAAGAAAGAGGAAGGAAGAGAAGAAGGAUAA